AGCAGUUGUAGCAGAUACACUUUGAACUCGGUGUCUUCACUUCAGCUGCAGCAUCUACUCCGUUUUUAACCUAAACAUGGCCAACAACUUAGUAUCUGGCAGAACAAAUAAUGAGGAGCUGAGGAUAGUGAUGGUGGGUAAGACUGGAAUUGGGAAGAGUGCCUCUGGAAACACCAUUCUGGGAAGAGACUGCUUCAAAUCAAAGCGCAGUGCUAAGUCUAUGACUGUACACUGUUCUAAGGAGAAAGCUGAGGUGGAUGGACGACGGGUUGCUGUUAUUGACACCCCGGGCCUGUUUGACACCAGGUGCGACCAGGAUAAAACCAUUGAAGAUAUAUGCCAGUGCCUCACUUACGCUGCUCCUGGACCUCAUAUCUUCCUGGUGGUCAUCGGGCUGGACAGAUUCACUGAAGAAGAAAAGCAGACGGUGCAGAAGAUUCAAGAAAUCUUUGGCCAGGAUGCAGACAGAUACAGCAUGGUGCUCUUUACUCAUGGUGAUGACCUUGAAGAUACAACUAUUGAGGAGUUCUUGGAUGAAAGUGAAGACCUGCAGGAAGUCGUAGCCAGAUGUAACGGCCAGUACCAUGUCUUCAAUAAUAAGCUGAAGGAUGGCGCUCAGGUCACCAAGCUGCUCCACAAGAUCAGAAAUGUAGUCCAGAACAACGGAGGAAGCCACUACACCAGUGAGAUGUUCCAAGAGGCUGAGAGGGCAAUCGAAGAGAAGAAACAACACAUCCUCAAAGAGAAAGAAGAGCAACUACGCAGAGAACAAGAAGAAAUGGAGAGGAAAUCACAGGAAAAAUAUCAAAAAGAGAUCAAGGAAAUGAAUGAGAAAUUACAGGAUGAGAGAGAGCAGAAAGAGAGGGAGCUGAGAAAAAUGAAGGAACAGCAUGAGAAAAAAAUCAAAGAGGAAAGAGAAAAGUUGCAACAGAAGUAUGAUAAUGAGGCCAGAAAGCAAGCUGAGGAGUUUAAUCCACUACAUAUGCUGGUAAAAGCUGGUAAAUUAGUGGGUAAAGCUACUUUAAAAACUCUUGAAGUAGUGGGUAAAGCUACGGUAAAAACUCUUGAAAAGGUGGGUGAAGUUACGGUAAAAACUGCUGAAGUAUUGGGUAAAGCUGCAGUAAAUACUACUGAAGCAGUGGGUGGUGUUGUGGUAAAAGGUGCUGAAGUAGUGGGUGAAGCUGUGGUAAAAAGUGUUGUAGUAGUGGGUGGUGGUGUGAUAAAAAACAUGCUGAAGUGAAUGAUUUUAACAAAAAAUAUGGAUAAAGUACUUAAAUCAGGGGAAAUGUGAAGAUUUCCUAAUUUUGAGUGGUCUCAUUCAGGCAGUUAACCUAGAGAGGAACUCUCCGGAGGCCCCUGCAUACUAUUUUAUCUAAAUCAAUGAUAAUUCUCAUUGUAUUUGUUGAGGUUGAAUUCUUCUGUAGAUUAGUAAGGCUAAGUCAUCAUAUUAUGAAUCUCAUGUCUGCUUAUUCUCUCCUCAUAUAUUUUUGAAAAUGGCCUUAAGAGAUAUUUGGUGUAGUUCACAUUUGAAAGUAUUAAAUGCUGUUAAGUGUGUCUUUACAGUUUUUAUUCUCAUUGAACUUAUGUUCUUGUUGAUUUGUGUUCUGCAAAGAUAAUCAUGAAUAGCAAAAGUUCUGACACUCCUCUAAUGGAUUACUUUUGAUGUGGUGCCACCUAGUGGGUGUAAAAUUAAUAUUCCCACCAGAAUCUAUUCAUUUCUUCUCUAUGGUCACUCUGGUUUGCUUGUUUGUAUUAUAACUUGCCUUUGAUUUAGUUUUCCUGUUUGUCAUCAAAGUAUUUUUUCAUGGAUUAUGUUUAUGAUUUAUGCCAUUUAACAACAAAGAUGUGAUAUAGUGAACAACAAAAUAAAGAUGUGAUAUUAAGACUAAAACUAAUAAAAAAAAGUUGAAACCCUGA